AUGAAUGAAACCCCGGGGAAACCGCACCUGCUUUACAUCGCUUUGGUGGUUAGUGAGAAGUUGGUUCGCACCUGUCGAGAGCUCCAGGUGCAAAGCAGGGGCCGCAAGGUGAGCAACCACGGCGGCUGGCAAAGCCAGGAUCUUCCGGUGGAUGCCGAGUUGGGUGAGCUCAUGGAUGCUGUCCAGGGCCCCGCAAAGGCAUACCUGGAAGCCAUGGGCUGGCAGUAUCCGGAGGAGGAGGCCGCCGACGAGAGCCUCGAGGUUGCCAUUCUGCCAGACAGGCUCUGGGCGAAUAUCAACCAGCCUGGCGAUUGGAACGCGCGGCAUACUCAUGGCAGACCCACGGAUGCACUUUUCGCCUCCGGCGUGUACUAUCCGCGCGUGUCGCCGAGGACCAGCGCUGCGCGACCUGCUCGGCUGGUGAUCUUUCCACCCGACAGCGACCCAGUAGCUGUCACGCCGGCAACGGGGCUGAUGGUGCUUUUCCCCGUGGACAUGCCGCACGAGGUCGAAGCCUCUCCCCGCGGAGCCGACGAUCGCGUGUCCUUUGCGUUCAACCUGGAAGCCCGGUGGCUUCCUGGGCCCUUGCUGCAAGCUGCCUUUUCGGGCGAUGCUGCCAAGGUUUCCAGCCUGGCCGAGCCGGGCCCCGCAGUGCGAGAUGCGCUCCUCAGCCGUUCCGCGGCGCAGCUGGCCGCGGAGCAGGGCCACGUGGCCGUCUUGGAGGCGCUGGUGUCUGCCGGUGCCGAGCUCUCCUCCGCCGAGGCCGAGGCCUCUCCCCUGGCACUGGCCGCGGGCCGAGGCCACACGGAGGCGGUUGCCUUCCUCCAAGAUGCUGCCAGCCACCAUGGCCCAGCGCUGGGGGCGGCGCUGGCCUCCGCGUCGGAGCGCGGCCAUGUUGCAGUGGUGGCGCAGCUUGUGCUCAGCCACUGGAGCAACUUACAAGCGGGCGCCCCUCGAGCUUUGGCAGCCGCAGCCAGGGCCGGCCACGCCACCCUGGUGCAGUACCUGCUGGACGCCGGCGUGCCUGUGGAUGGGCCCGAGCUCAGGCAGGCGACCAAUGAAGCGGCGACCCGCGACCACAUUGAGGUGGUGGCGUUGCUGGCGGAUGCAGGUGUCAACUUCACAGAGGUGGAUCGCGAAGGCAAGACGCCUUUACUGAAUGCCGCUGCGGGCGGCCACAGCGACAUGGUAAAGCUCCUGCUGCGCAAUUGCGGGUGCAGUGUUGAGACGCGGGAUCGGCAGGGUGCCACCGCGUUACAUUGGGCGGCCACGCGCGGGCACCGCAGUGUGGUGGAGGAGCUCGUGGCAUUUGGCGCUGACCUGGAUGCCGACUGCUUCGGCCCGGCACCUGGCCGGCCACUGCACUGGGCUGUGGAGCAGCCAGACGUUGUCCAGCUGCUUCUGGAGCUGCGUGCCGACGUCGGAACCGCCAAGGUGCGCCCCAGCAUUACACCGCCCCCGCGUGGCGACGUCCUCGUCCGCUCCGGCGAUGUUCUGGCAUGUACGCACGCGGCAGAAGUCCUGCAGAAGCGCGGCGUGCCCGCCUCCGCGGCAG